AUGACGAGAGUAUAUGGCUGCCGGAAAAGUGGCCACAAGUUCCUCGAUAACCUCGUGAACCCCCGAGCGUGCAGCCAAAAGAAUGGCGUCCACAGGCCUGAUUGUAAUCUAAGCACUCCAUAUUCUUGCAGAGGGUUCGAAGAAGAUCAAACACCAGCUCAUGAGUGCGUUUUCUUUGGCGAUUGGCCUUCGCAUGAGGAACUGGUGACCAAAGAUAAGUCAUCAUCAGUUGAGAAAAGUGACAACAAUGAAAGUAGCCGGUCCCAGACCAUAAACACACCCACCAAAAAUAUCAGCAUCAAUCAGCAUACACAGAAUCUUGAGGCCAUCUCCCCAAGGUACGGGCUCGGUAACCAGUCGUCCCUUGUCUCGGAUAUCAAGUACCAAAGGGUCUCCCCAUGGGCCGCCAAUGCCGCCUUGUGGACUGGGAAGUUACCAACGUUGUCAAGUGCGCACAGCAAAUCAGGCCUGCGGCCCACCAGGAUCUUGGCGGCAACCUUAUUUCCAGUCAGAGACGCCACGUGA